GACCCGCGCUGCUGCCAGCGAUGAUGACGAGGAUGUGACGUUUAAGUUAACUGAAAAGCGCCGUUGGUCACAGUAAAUGUUGUCUUUUUUGUUUUCCACCUGUGAGAUAAACUAUGGAGUUAUCAUCACUCAUAAAGAAAAUCGGACACUCCUUAGUGGAAAUCAGAGUUCGGGCUCUUAAAAAUAUCAGAAGUAAACUGGAUCAUGAUCUCAUCGCUGUUCCUGAUCUGGUCCAGGAAAAGAUGCUGUUUGUUUUCCUUCUGGAAUGGUUUAAUUUUCCAGAAGUUCCAAUGCAGGAAGAAGUUCUGGACUUGAUCAGCAUGCUGUCCAAGCACCCGACCGCAGCCCAAAUGCUACGAGAGGUAGGGGCUGUCGAAUUCCUAACACAGCUCUCGCCUAAUGUGGAUCUUCGCCUCCGAACAACCGUAGACGGCAUCUUCGAUCAGCUCUUCCACCUCCCAGAGGCCUUGCCUGGUUGUCCACCCACCACCUCCUACGAGCCACACUCUGUUCCCGCACUGCAGACAGAAGAGGACUCGUCGGCUAGGGGAUAUUUCCAGUGCAGUAAACCCAAGCAGACAGAUGCUCCCACCCCCAGAGUAUCAUUCAUUACUUCUGUUAGAUGCUUGAAGUUCUCUGUUUUUCCAUGGCUGUCUUUGAACACAACAGAUCGACAUAUCUUGUCAUCAAAUGAAAGUUCCCUUAGAAGCGGCAACCACAACUUGGUACGAACCACAUGUGAGUUGCUUCGGGACGUCAUCAUGCAAGACUUCCCCGCUGAAAUAUUCCUGCAAAGGCCAAGUACAGUUCAAAGUCUGCUGUCACUUCUCGGCCUGAAUGUUGAUGGUGAUGUCAGUUACCUGACGUUGCAGGCAUUGGCCUGUCUGGAACAGCUUUGUAGGAACUUGAGGAGUCGCCUACGUUUCUACAGAGAUCCAAGCUUUUACUCAGCCAAGCAAGACCCUGUUUCUCAGAACUCCUCUAUCUCCUACCCUCAUGAGGUGAGGGGUACCCAACGGUCUGGGGUUUCUUCUCCAGAGGAAAGUUCCCCCAGACCCUCUGUGGUGGGCCGACCCGUUCAGCGGGCACGCGGGGAUGGCCAGGACGGAGAUGCUGCCUCUUCUAGCGGUAGCAGCAGUCAGAUAGGGGCUCCCCCCAGGCCUUCCCACCAGUCUCCGCUCCCGCAGCUCCCCCCGGAGAUGGAAGCGGAGGACUCGCUGGAGCUGCAGCUGCAGCAGUGGAGCCUGGCUAGAUUCGCCGUGGCGGCCGUGGAGCACGCGCUCCCUCUCAUCAGGACAGAGAGCCUGAAGGUUUUCCAACGGGUACUAGAGCUGCUGGCAGAGGCGCAGGGCCUGCUGGGAGACAGCGUAGCCCCCGAGGUGUGGGACGAGCACAACCCGACUGCGACAGAGCUGAGGGAGAAAUUACAGGCAUGCAUAGAGACGUUGGGAGACAUUAUGUGCCACCACCAUGGCAUGACUUCCUCUGAAGAGCCAGAAUCAUCUGUGAUCCACCACCGACUGGUCUUCACGGGCACUGCCAUUUUCACAAUACGUCUCCUGCAAACCUUGUUACCUGUGGAGAAGGCUGAAGAUAACCUUCCGGAAAGUACAGUGGCUGCCAUUUUCCUCUUGUGUCUUGACGCAUCCUUCUGUGUGGCGUACCCCCUCAUCCAUGAGUCAGCUGUGGCGUACCUAGAGCAGGCUUGCUUUGAAAGAUACAGUCUGUAUCGUAGAGUAUACCGUGUUUCUCACUGCAUGGAGGCUACAUGCGCCUUUUUAAAGGAUGCACAGGCUGAGGGCGAUAAGAAUUGGCAUGAGCUUUUGGAGCUUGCUGACCAAGGAAUAGAUGCUUUUCCGUACCAUCAGCACCUACCGAUGGUGAAGGAAUGCGUCCAAAUUUGCUCCUACCUGUGGAAAUUUGCACAAGCAAGCCCGCUCCUGCAGUCGGAGAGUCAGAAGAUAUUUCUGAAGCUUUUGUCUCACCCUCUGUCCCAAGUGAAGGUGGAAACCUACUCCUGCACUCUGAGUGUUUUGAAGGAGUGCUUGGGAGUUCAGAAUGUGGCCAGACCGGCCUCAUCCAUCUGCAGCGGAGUGCAUUUCUUGCUUCACUCCCGUGUCCUGUAUGAGAUCAGUGUGUUUGGCCUUCAAGACCAAGCAAGAGAGGUGAGCGCUGCUGCCAAGGAUAUACUACUCUAUCUGCUGAAGGGACGAUUGAUGAUGACAGCCGCAAGUUGGAGCAGAUUUAAUGAGGCACUUUACCCGGUCAUUCCUAUAUUACAGAGUUACGCCAGUACUGAUGACGCCCUGGGAAACUGUAUCUUGCUGUUAAGUGAAGCAUCUGCUGAGAAGGAAGAUGAGGUUUGUUCACCGCCUACCAGACUACGGAUGGCCCUCCGGCUUCUGUUCACCAAGCAUCACACCGUGAGGAAUAAAGCAGUCCAACAUCUGCUACCACACCUGACCAGCUCUGAGGGAGCCAGCAACUCCAGACCAACCCUGGACAGCUCCACAUUGUCAUGUUUACCAAAUCUCUAUGUUCUUAAUAAAAGUGUGGACAUAAAGUUGAGCAAUUCAGAAAAGUCAUACGUGAAGGUGGAGUCUGUAAAUAAAUUGUACAAUAUCCUUACGUCGGACACGGUAGAUCUAGUUUUGCGGAAAUCUGCGGCUGAUCAGUUGGCUAUUGUUCUGCAAGAUUCAUCAAUGCAUGUGGUACUGAAGGCCUUGGGCUUAUCAGACAAGCUCAUAUCUUUCAUCACGGAGUGCGUCAACAACAAUGUGGCGGGCAUGGAUUGCAUGUUGGAGCCCAGCAUAUGCAUGCUAAGGAAGCUGGUGUUUGCGGACCCCUCUCUGCGUCACAGUCUGGCUCAGCAGACGUCUCUUCUCGUCACGCUGCUCAGAGCAUCUCUGUUGAUAAAGGAGAGUCAGGGUGAUGUGAGCGAGGCUGCCGCAUUGAUGUGCAAUCUGCUGUUUGAUGAAAUCGCACGAAUGGACGUUUGGACUGACAAAGCUGGCUCAGACACAGGCCUGUCUUCCUUCUCACUGCCUGCUGCCAUUAUACGGAGGUAUAAUCUUCCGUUUCAAGCGCCCUCACACCAUGCAGUGAGUCCCUACUGUUCAGUUCUCCCUCCAUAUUCAGACCUGCUGAGUCUGAAACCUGCCUGGGAGGCACUGCAGAUCACCUGGAACACAGCAUGGCAUUCUGGGAUUGAUGGACUGCUAGAGCAUCUGAAGGGUUUUAGGAGUGAUGUACUGGAGUUUCAUGGUGAUCUGGUGCUGUCCGAAUCUCAGGUGGUGGUGUUAAGAAUAAGCAAUAUAAGGUCCGGGUUAGGGGACUGCAUUCACGGGGUCCGUGAUGCAAGCUCCCACAGCACAGUCACCUUUGCCUUGACCAGAAUGCACCUGUACCUUUUCGCUGACCGCCUUGCACUCAAAUCCACUGCCCAGAGCAGCAAGAACAUCCUGCAAACCCUAAGCUGGCACAACGCUGUAGAGAGAUUUAUUAUGGUACGUCCAGCUUGCCGUCAAGAUGAGAGGCUCUUGGUGGACAUUGUCUCAUUCCUCAACACCUUCUUUAAGCAGAAUCAGUCUGAGUUGGAUCACCAGGACCUAAAAUGGCUCCUAGAAUUACUCCUAAACCAGGAGUCACACACCCUGCUGAACUUGUUGCUGAGUGCUGAACUGCAGACCCACACACAGAUCCAGUCACAGGGGGAAGCGGACAAGCUUCAGGCCCACCUCAGUCACCGGCUACAGAGAGAACUGACAGGCCUCUUCAACACUCUGCUGCUUCGAAUGACACACAGUCCUGACAGGGUGUGUGGGGUUCUGUCCGGACCGUUUGCUUCUGAGCUGUCUCUGCGCCUGCUACAGUGCCUGCGCGUGUCCGACGCUCCAUGCUUCUACGGCCUGCCCUCUCUUGAGCGCACGCUCAGGACCAUGGCCCAUGUGACCGCCCUGCCCGGCUGGAGCACACACGCACCCAGCAUGGAGCCAAACACACUCUGCCUCAAAUACCUCAGUGGCCUCUUGGAAGUCAUCUCUUCAUUCUACGUAGAUUUGGGAGGAAAUUCAAUGUCCUUCAUGGGCAAAGGAGUGACAAAAAAUGCUGUUAUCUGCCUGCUUCACCUGUCACAUGAGAUGAUGAAAGAAACCAAAAACGAGGACUGGAUAUCCUUGUGGUCUUUGGGACGUGAGCAAAGUUCUGAUGAGCAGAGUGCUGCCCAGCUUGGCUUGGCCUGGUUAAUUCCCCUGUGGGUGGACCGAGACCCUGAGGUGCGCUGUGCCAGCCUGGCUGUGGGUGCGGCUCUGAGUUCGCUAGAGAGAGGGUGUGUGGCGCUGUCAGAGAGUUGCCAGAACAUUUCAGGCGGCCUGUGGGCCACGGUACUCAACAUCCUGCUGGAGAGACAGGAGUGCAGUAUGGUGCGCCGAGAGGCAGCGUUUAUUUUGCAAAACCUCCUUGUGAUGCCAAUGCCUGCUAAUGCAGAAGAGGCCAAAGAGUGUGCCUGGCAGAGCCCCUGCGUGCAUGAUGAGGAUUCAGGACUGUGUCUGGUCGGGCUUCCUGCCCUGCAGGCUCUGUUGUACCACUGCCAGUUUUUUGAAAGCGUGGGCCAGAUGGUGAAGAGCUGUUACAUGGGCAGACAUGCCUUCACCCUCAGCCCCUCUCCUCCGCCAGCCAAUGUCACCCAGGAGACAGAUCUGAAUGAUUCUCUAAAGCACUGGAGAGAGAUGCUUGCUCCUCUAAACCAAACUCAAGGCUCAGGAUCCAUGUCCACCUCCAGUACUCUGAUUCCAUCAGGAAGCUCUAGUGGGACACAUUCUCCAGUUCCAACCUCAGGUGUUGCUGGAAUCCAGGACACUCCAGUUAACAGACUCACUGCUCAGGGUCAGAGUGACACGGACAGCUCAGACUCCGCCCUCACUCAAGAGUCCCACCCAGGGGGAAGGACUGAGCCUGUUGCUAUAGUAACCCCUCACCUGUUGCUAUCCGUGUGCGGUCUACUGGACAACCUGCUGGCUGUGCUUCCUGAGUUUAGUCUCUCUGCCCUCAAGCACAACCACAUACUUCAGAGCAUGGCCAGUGUGGUGGAUGCGGCGACCAUAUCUCAAUGUGUCAGUGAGUUAAGGACACCUCUUCUGCCAGCUGCUAUGGAAGAUGCUAGGAACCAGGUGCUGAGUAGCUUGUAUUAUGUGCAAAGUUUGUGUAAGCUCCUGCAGUCAGCAGCAAUGCACAGUGAGGAUGCGCCGUUCCACCGAGAGCUCUUCAAACCCCUGCUGAACAACCUAAUUUCCAUCCUCACGCUGUCUGUCGCUGACUUGGAUGCGCAGGCCCAGGGUGCAGUGCUCAACACCUGGGCGGAUGUGUUGAUGCUCCUGGCUACUCUGCUGCGCAGGAACCAAGCUGCGGUCGGCCCAUCUGUCGGUGUGGCACUGGGGAAACACUGGCAGUGCUUUUCAGAUACCAUCCGAGUGUGUUUGAACCAAUCGGGCGCAGAGUCUUCUCUCUACACGUCGACCCUGCACUUUCUGUGUGUGUUGUUCACAGAGGAGGCUAAGAGGAGAUCGGGAGGCCACACUGAGGAUCUGACCAGCAAGGGCCCAAGCUCCUCACUAACAGCGGUCCUGUCUUUUGAGCCUGGAGAGGUCAUGUGUGAACUAUUAUUAGAGCAAUAUGAGAAGAUUCUGUUCCAGGAUCCCUUCAAAAAGGUGAUGGCCAAAACGUUCAUGUCUCUGUUAGCCUGUAGCUCCAGUGCUCAGAGUUACGCAUGUAAAGCUGGCGUGAUUGACAGCUGUGUGGAACGCAUGAAGCACAUUUACGCAGAGCUUCACCUGGAGUCUGUGAAAACGGGCAAGAGCACUCACAGGAGGAAGGUGGAGAACAGCAUGAGAGAACUUAAGAUGAUUCUAGAGAUUCUGCGAAAUUGCCUGUAUCAACAUAAUGAAUGCAAAACUGUGGCUACAGAGCUGCGUCUGGCAGCGGUGCUGUUGGCCCUGUGGCCCUGGUUCCUGCUGGACGACCUCACCAUGACUUCAGCCCUGGAACUGCUCUGUGUCUACACUGCUAACUGCACAGCUGCAUGCAGUGCUUUAUGUAGCAGCAGCAGUUGUAGCUCUGGCUCAGUUCAGGCUGUUCUUCCUAAGACUGCGGUCACAAAUUCACUGAUGCAUGGGGUGAUGAAACUGGCCUCCCAGGUUGCCCCUGACAACAGCAGCAUCCACAGUCUGGCUUUCUCAUUGCUGGCCAACCUGGCCAUCUCGAGGGACUGCAAAGGGGCACUGCUGAAGAGUAACUUCCUGCAGAACUUCCUGUCUCUCCCCAUGCCUAAGGCAGGUGGUCGAGGUGGCGUUUCGACAGGGGAUCCUCUGUCCCUGUGGCUCAGGCUGCUGCUGAACGUGUCGUUCGGGGAGGACGGACAGCAGAUGAUCCUCAGGCUCCGAGGGGCUUUGGAGCUGCUGGUCGAACUGGCCCAGUCCAAACACUCGAGCACUAAACCCACCAUCCUGCUCAUUCUCCACAACAUCUGCUUCUGCUCCGCUAACAAGCCCAAAGUCUUAGCCAACGAUAAAGCUGUUGAGCUAUUAGUCUCUUGUUUGAGUAGUAGCUCAUCAGAUAUACGUACCAUAGGAGCUUCAGCACUUUGGGCUUUAUUGCACAACAAUCAGAAGGCAAAGGCCACUUUGAAGUGUCCUUCCAUCAGACUGAAAGUUGAAGAGGCGUACGUGUCCGCCAGGAAAGAAGAAGAGCACAGAAGUGACAAACCCCUGAACAUCUAUCUUCUGAAGUGCCUGAAAAAUCUCACACACAUCUUCAACUCUUAAGUGCCUCACUGGUGAUGGAGGUCAUUGAAGUCACCUAAUAAUGUGAAUGUAUAUUUAUGUUUUGGUACAUACUAUGAAACAGUUUUUGUAUAUUUUUGUUUUGUAGCAAAUCAAUAAAUGGACUGGUUUUACAGUA